GUCCAACACAUCUCUACUUUGUAGGCUCUUUAGUGAUAGUCGCCAUCCAACACAUCUCUACUUUGUAGGCUCUUUAGUGAUAGUCGCCAUCCAACACAUCUCUACUUUGUAGGCUCUUUAGUGAUAGUCGCCAUCCAACACAUCUCUACUUUGUAAGCUCUUUAGUGAUAGUCGCCAUCCAACACAUCUCUACUUUGUAGGCUCUUUAGUGAUAGUCGCCAUCCAACACAUCUCUACUUCGUAAGCUCUUUGGUGAUAGACGCCAUCCAACAUGGCGGUCGUGUGAGGUGAUCCGUUUGUCUGCACUAUUUGGAAAUGAGGGUCCGUGGCUGCUGCAAGUGGACCAAGCCAGCCUAUCUGGUUUGGCCCAUCCUGCUGCUCCUGAUGCUCGGCGCCGCCUUGACAGCCCUGCUCCCCUCCGCCGAAGACCAUGCAGGGCGGGGUGUUCUCCAAGUGCUGCGGCGGGCGACAUCGGAAAGCCAGACUUACGUUCAGGGUGUCCAGGGGGAGGAGCAGCAGAAAUUUACGGUCAUCAUUCAAACGUACAACCGCACCGAUAUUCUCCUCAAACUCCUCAACCAUUACCAAGCGUUGCCUCAUCUCCAGCGGAUUAUCAUAGUGUGGAACAACAUGGGGGAGAAGCCUCCUCUGGAGUUAUGGGACUCAUUGGCUCCUCAUCCUGUUCCUGUGCUUUUUAAGCAGCAGACAAGCAAUCGAAUGCACAACAGACUGCACCCUUUUCCUGAGAUUGACACUGACGCUGUGUUGGUGCUGGAUGACGACACUCUGCUCAGCGUUCCUGACAUCAGCUUUGCUUUCACUGUUUGGAAGCAAUUUCCAGAGCAAAUUGUUGGCUGUGUGCCGCGCAGACACGUGGCAAGUGCAUCAGGCGUGUACAGUUAUGGAGGCUUUGAGCUGCAGGAUCCAGAAAGUGCAGGAGGCGACAAAUAUUCCAUGGUGCUCAUCAGUGCCUCCUUCUUCCACCGCCGCUACCUCCACAUGUUCCAGGAGCAACCCGCGGCGGUGCACGCUCUGGUGGAUGCGACGCGGAACUGCGACGACAUCGCCAUGAACUUUGUGGUCUCCAUGCAUCUGAGGAAGCUCUCUGGCGCCAGCAGACCCUCGGGGGUGUUCGUCAAGCCCGUGGACAUGCGCAACCUGGAGAAGGACGCCAGCAGCGGCUUCCAGGGCUUGUGGCAUCGGCCUGAACACCUCCUGCAGAGGUCUUACUGCCUCAAUAGGUUGGCGCACAUUUAUGGCGUCAUGCCUCUUCACUUCUCCAACCUCAUGGUCGCCCAGUUUGGCUUCCCGAGCUAUGCCAACCACAAAAGUAGAUGCUGAGUAUUUAAGUACAAAAACAACACAAUGCUCGUAUUACAUUUAUUUACCCAGUGCUAUUAUACUGUACUACAUUUCAGCAGUUCUAAGUGAGUCCCACAACAAUUUAGUGGCCACUUUAAAGGUACUAAGCCCUACUUUUGUAUGUCGGUACAUUUAUUGCUACUUUAUCCGCUUUUUACCAGGGCUGUCCAUAAUGUGAUGAAUCUGAACAAAUACUGCACUAAUCAUGUAUUUAACCACGCCUCUUUACCUGGAUGGUUACCUGAAAGGCGGCACAGUCAGUCGUCAUGGCGACGCAUAGUCAGUGCAAAGAUGAGUGAGGAGACUCUGACUAGUGUGCAAAUUUCAGCCCUACCUAAUUUUUGAUGAAACUGUUUUGAGCAAAUAAAUGCAGUGCAUUCAAGUAACACUUUUAAAAAUGACAUUCCGACAUUAAAAUUGAAUUUAUGUCCAAAUAUCUGGGUCUUUCUUUAGGUUUAAAAUUUAUUAUUUAAAUUGUGCAAGCAGGUAAUCACCUGUGAUUAUUCACAAUCAGCAUUCUUGCCAACCCUCCCGAAUUUUCCGGGAGACUCCCGAAUUUCAGUGCCUCUCCCGAAAACCUCCCUGGACAACCAUUCUCCCGAAUUUCUCCCGAUUUCCAGCCGGACUUAAGGCACGCCCCGCCCCCUCCAGGUCCGUGCGGACCUGAGUGAGGACAGCCUGUCGUCACGUCCGCUUUUCCUUCAUAUAAACAGCGUGCCGGCCCAGUCACGUUAUAACAUCUACUGCUUUUGGCGAGUGCACAACUGCACACACAACAAGAAGGAGACGAAGAAGAGACAGUCAUGGCAACGACGAGUGACAGAAUAGAACGAGGAUGGACAAUUCAACCCUAAACUCACUCCUUUCCUGCAAAUUACAUUUCACAGAUGCUUCCUGUAAUAGAGUGAUCUAAGUUGUUUGUUGCCAUCUCCUGGUUAAUGUUGGGUAUAGCAGUGGUCCCUAACCACC